AUGGCGGAAUUAGCACUGUUAGUAAAGCAACGCGGUAGAGUAAAGGCGAAAUUAACGAAUUUCAGUAAUUUUAUUCAGCGCAUUGACGAGUUGCCAGAAAAUAAAGAAGAGCUACCGUUGCGAAUAGAAAAGACCGAGGGCCUAUUAACUGAAUUUGAAGUAAUUCAAGAUAAAAUCGAAGACGCGGACGCGGCGGAAACGCAACAAACAGAUAGGCAGGAAUUUGAAAACAGAUAUUACCAAUUAAUAACUGCUGCACGAAAACUACAAAUUCGCGAGCGAGCUCCUCCAUUGCAAACUUAUCAAGAUGUUCAAAUAAAUGCACAACGCAACAUUGGCAAUGUUGGUAAUGAACAAUUCGUGUUCAGGCCGGCAGAUAAGCUUCCGACUAUCGAGCUGCCUAAAUUUGACGAUAACUAUGAGCAGUGGAUUCCAUUCCGCGAUUUAUUUCAAUCACUGAUCGCACCAAAUGCGUCUAUCCCUGCCGUUCAAAAACUGCAUUAUCUAAGAUCCGCAUUGACAGGUGAGGCGGCAAAGGUGAUAACCACCUUGGAGAUUACCAAUGACAAUUAUGAAGUAGCAUGGACCUCCUUAAAGCAAAGAUUUGAAAAUAAAAGGUUAAUUACACAUCACCUCAUUCAAACAUUAUUAGACAUGCCACCUAUCCCAAGGGAAUCACAUGCGGAUCUUAGACAAUUAGCAGAUAACAUAUCACAAAUUACGCAAAAUUUAGCGAAAUUCGGUCAACCAAUAGAACACUUUGCCAUAUGGGUUAUACAUAUCAUGUUGCCCAAAAUUGAUAAAAAUUCCCGUAGGGAAUGGGAAUUUACACUGUCGGACACCGACGAAUUUCCCACCCUAGAUAACUUCAUAAACUUUCUCAUCAAUCGCAGUGCAUGUUUAGAGGCAGUGUUCAGAGCAAGUCGAGGCACUCAGCCCCUCAGCGAUAGUCGUAACAAUAACAAAAUAGCUCAAAGUCAAGGAAAAAAUAUCUCGCGUUCGUAUGUCGCAGCUAGUAGUACCGCGUGUUCACUUUGCUCAAAUGAUCAUAAGAUCAACGAGUGUAGUUUGUUUCUCAGUAUGGCCGUCGCCGAUGGAAACACGGAAAUAAGAAAAAAACGUUUAUGCGUGAAAUGCCUCAAGCAUUAUCAUGGCAAGGGCUGCAAGGCUUCCAACUGCAAAUUAUGCAACGGAUAUCACAACACAUUGUUACACAAGUCUAACGUCUCGGCAGCGGAAACGGAUCAGGAAACAAAAUCACAAGACGCGUCUCAAACUAAAUUAGCUGAAGGGAAUACCGUGAAAAAACAAGGCACAACAGCCUUGGCAGCGGAUUCGCCUGUACUUAUUAAUCAUCUCGCAAUGAAAGAACCUUCUCAAGUCCUACUCUCCACGGCUAUCAUACUUAUUCAUGACUCGCAAGGAAACUUACAUAAAUGUCGAGCUCUUCUUGACAACGGAUCGCACUCAAAUUUUAUCACGCGAAAAUUAAAUAACAAAUUAAAGCUGCGAUACAAGACUACAGAUAAAAAUAUUAAAGGCAUGAGCAACACGCCAAUAAGUGCAACACAUCAGACAAACGCAGUAAUUCAAUCGCGUACAUCCAAAUAUCAAGCGAAAAUUCCUUUAGUAAUAGUCGACAGCAUUACUGAUCCAUUACCUAUAUUUAAAAUAAAAAAGGAUAAUCUCAACAUUCCACAUAAUUUAGAGUUAGCAGAUCCAAAUUAUAACGUUCCAGGCGACAUAGACAUAUUAUUAGGCGCAUCCGUUUCUUGGAAUAUAUUAAAGCUUAAUCAAAUCAAAAUUUUUAGAAACGGGCCCACGCUUCAUCAAACUCUAUUAGGCUGGAUAGUUUCAGGAGACAUACCAGCCAAUGAUACACACCGACAACAACAUAAAAUUCAUUGUGGCGUAGCCACGAGUAUGGAACUCCGGAAACAAUUGGAGAAAUUCUGGCAGAUAGAGGAACUACAACCGACAAAGCUUCGAUCACAGGAAGAGAUCCAGUGCGAAGAACACUUUAAUGCCACUCAUUCUAGAAGGACAGACGGUCGCUUCGUUGUACACUUACUGAUCAAGGAUGGUAUCCAAAAUUUAGGCGAAUCCUACAAAAUCGCCGAAAAACGUCUGAAAGCAUUAGAGGGCAAAUUAGAAAGACAACCCGAUCUCAAGCGACAAUAUCACGAAUUCAUGCUUGAAUACCACAACCUGAAUCACAUGACAGAAAUACCAGCAACAAGGAUGAAUGACAAGCCUAGUUACUACAUCCCGCAUCAUGCGGUCAUAAAAGAAGACAGUGCAACCACGAAGCUAAGAGUAGUAUUCGAUGCUUCAUGCAAAACAACUGCUGGUAACUCUCUAAAUGACUUCCUCAAGAUAGGGUCGAAUUUACAGGAAGAUCUAUUCGAUAUUGUCGUACGCCUUCGACAGCAUGAUUAUGCAAUGGCCGCAGACAUCACCAAAAUGUACAGACAGGUCGAAGUAACAGAAGACCAUCGUAAACUGCAACGAGUACUCUGGAGAUGGUCGAAAGAGGAACCCAUCCGGGCAUUCGAGUUGAAUACAGUCACCUAUGGUAUGUCUAGUUCAUCGUUCUUAGCAAUAAGAUCGUUGCAAAAAACAGCACAUCAACUCAAGAAACAGUAUCCACAAGCAAGCGAAAUAAUACUGAAAGAUUUUUAUGUGGACGACCUGUUAACAGGAGCCAAUUCAAUCGAGGAAUUAAAGAAGAUAAAAUACGACGUCAUCAGCAUUCUAUCAAGCGCAAAAUUUAAUCUUAGUAAAUGGAAGUCUAACGCCAAAGAAAUAAGUGACUCAGAUGCCAACGAAAACACUGUAAGACUCGGAGAUACAACUAAGGUUCUCGGUCUAUGGUGGAACACCGCUAUCGACACAUUUCACUACUGCAUUAAGCAAGAAAACGAACCAAAGAGGACCACGAAACGCUACAUCUUAUCAAAAAUAGCGGAAAUUUAUGACCCUCUUGGUUGGAUAGGUCCCAUUGUGGUACGAGCUAAAAUAAUAAUGCAACGUCUAUGGCAAAUGAAGAAAGACUGGGAUGACGAUAUCAUAGGAGACACUCAUGCUAUGUGGAUUCAUUGGAGAGCGCAAAUCAAAUUCCUUGAAAGCAUCACCAUUCCACGCAAAAUCCUAUGCGACAAUCCCACUCAAGUAGAACUACACGGAUUCUGCGAUGCAUUCGAGGCAGCAUAUGGCGCCUGUGUAUACUUGCGCAGCGCAAACUCCCAAGGAAAAUAUACAGUAAACCUUCUAUGUGCCAAAUCGCGAAUUGCACCUAUAAAGAAAGUAUCAUUACCGAGACUGGAACUCUGUGGAGCCACGUUAUUGGUUAAUUUAUGCCAAAAGGUCUCUCAAGCACUGACUGUGCAAGUGCACAACACAUACUACUGGAGUGAUUCCAUGAUAGCUUUAUCAUGGAUAUCCAGCGACCCAAGCAGAUGGCACACAUUCGUCGCCAACAGAGUGGCGAAGAUAAAACGUAUCACACAUGAUGCCCCAUGGUAUCACGUCAAAUCCGAAGAAAACCCAGCAGACCUGUUAUCAAGAGGAAUCAAUCCUGAAAAAAUAAAGUCAAUGGAACUAUGGUGGAAGGGCCCAAAAUUUCUUCAGCACGGUGCCUCUCCACAACCACUCAAAUCCGGAAAGGCCUCCGAUAAGGUUCCGGAAGGACGUGUCAUAAGCCUGAUAGUACAAGAUAAAAGCUCUAAAACCAAUUCCAGUAUAAUUAAAAGAUUUUCAUCACUUGCAAAACUAAAACGAGUCAUAGCGUACUGCCUACGCUUUAAGAGCAACGCAUUGAACUCCAAUCGAUCAAACCAACCGUUAACAGUUCAAGAGACGAACAAGGCAUUAAUUAUAGCUAUUAAAAUCUGCCAAGCCAACGAAUUCCACCAGGAACUACAUGAUCUUCGCGAUCAACGAAAAAUAAAUUCCAAAAGCGAAGCUCUUAAUGCAAUACCCGAGCACGACCUCACUGAAGUGCCUCUAAAUCGUCUAACACGCUACCAACUAAUAACACAGAUAAAACAAAACUUCUGGUCCAGAUGGUCGCAGGAGUAUAUCUCGCAGCUACACCAACGUUCCAAAUGCAAGCGUAUGGAAAAUACAAAUAUAAAGGUAGGCACUAUGGUGCUAAUAAAAAAUGAAAGUACUCCUCCGAUCAUCUGGCCAUUAGGUCGAAUCGUAGAAACUCACACAGGAUCAGACGGUAUAACACGCGUUGUUACCAUUAAGACUAGUCAUGGUGUAAGUAAACGAGCAUUAUCUAAACUAUGUAUUUUACCCAUAGAUGACAACAUGUAA